GGGUGGGUGGGUCUGGAACCAGAUAAGAGAGCUUGCACAGAAAGUCCAAAGCGAUGGGUUCGGGUUAGCAGCAGGGAGCUCCUCCUCUCCCUCACCCGAGGGUGAAUCACCCCGCAAAAGAGGAAGGAAAAAGCACGCGCUCAGCAGACCAGCUUGCGACAGAACAUCAGCUGUACCAGAUUGGCAGCGCCGGCUCCAGAAGUCACACCCAGGCAUGACCAACAGUAAGACGUUCCGGAGGGCCUGCUCCUUGCGGGGGUCCAAGUCCCCCAGCCUCCUGGAUCCUGCCUCUGGGAGCUUAUGGGACCACCUGGAGGAGGCAGAUCCCACCAGGGGGUCUGGAGGCGCUGCCCUCGGGGGGCACGGCCUGGUCCCCAAGAACAAGGAAGAGGCCCAGCCGAAACCUGCCUGGAGCUGGGGGAGGAGAGCCACGAGUCUGAGGGUGCGGAAGGCCAGGGGAGAGGAGGCCGCGACGAUGGGAGAAGCAGCCCACUCCCUUGGCCCUGGCGACGGGCAGAUGCUCAUCGGGGAGGCCCAUGGCAAAGCAGGCGGCAGGAUGAAGAAACGUAAACAGGUGAGAAAAUGUGAGGAGUCGGCCUGGCACCAAGAGGCAGCAUGGUCAGGUGGAAGCCCCAUGGAAGGUGUCUUGCGCAUGGCCCUCAGAAACUUUGAGCCUGCACUGAGGAGGAGUCUGCUCCAUUGGUUAGGGCAGAGGGCAAGGAUUCAAAGGCCACAUUCACACCCUACAUUUAAAACACCAUGGUGCUGCUUUAAACCCUGGGAGCUAUGGUUUGUUAAGGGUGCUAAGAGCAUAGGAGCUAACUCCUAGGGGCCAAGGGAGCUUCAGGGGAGCAUAAAAUAUUUGAGGGGGGUCGCUCCCUCCCCAGUUGAUGGCCAUUGCCAUUCAAAUGGUGUCAUGUGACCAAUUAUGUGGGGCGUGGCUUACCCCUUUUAUGAAGAUCACCUGCUCUGAGACCCUACAGCUAAUUCUCCUCUGGCCUCCUGCUGGCCCAAGUAGGACCAAUUCAACUAGCUAGCCCUGGGGAUUAUUUAAUGCUUAUUUCCCCUAAAUUGAUUUUUGAAUUUUAUUGUUGUUCAUGUUUUUAUUCUGUAUUUUAUGCUGUUUUUAUAAUUAAGUGUUCUAAAUUUGUUGCUAGCUGCUCUGAGCCCGGUUUUUGAACCGGGGAGGCGGGGUAUAAAUAAAAAAAAAUAUUAUUAUUAUUACCCAUCCCCCUAAUAUUCAAGUUGGCUGAGUCAUUAGGAGACCCCUAUUCCCCUCAAUUCACAGGGACCUCUGGGAAUUGUAGCUCUUUGAGGGGAAGAGGGUGUCCCCUAACAACUCGCUGCACCAUCAGCCAGCUACAUCUCCCAGGAUAUAUAUUUUUGGGCGGAGAGUGGUUGGAAUCAAUGACUGAUUAAAGUGCUUUUAAUGGAUGGUGUGAAUGUGGCCUCAGUGCAUUUAGCACUGCCAGCUAACAGUAAAACAAGCAUAGCAGCCCUUGUGCCUAUGCCAGCAGCUUGAUGUGCAGAAAUCCAUCAGGGGAAGCUUUCCGUGGCAUGGGGUGAAAACUGUGUCGCACAUUCCACCAGACUCUGUGCUGCUUUUGCAUGCAAGGGCCCAGGGCCCAGUAGCUAACGGAGCUUUUUCCAUCUUCGUGACUGGCCCACUAGAGGGCACUGCGCAAAAAGAAACCUGGGAACUCUUCUUGAGCUGCCUGCCUAGGAGAGUCAAGGUUGUAUGCAUACUAUAGUUUUAAAGAACUUUCAAAACCCUACCUUCUCUCAAAGAAUUCUGGGCCCUGUAGUUCUACCCCUCACAGAAUUACAGUUUCCAGCAAUGCUUAAGAAACUACAGCUACCAGAAUUCUUUGAGUGAAAGAAUGUGUUUUGAACGUGGUUUAAAGGCAUAGUGUGUAAACAGCCAGAAAAGCACAGAUCCAAGAGGCGUUGCUCUCCUCCUGUGCUUCCUCUUUGUCCCUGGGAAAACCCACUCCGUACCACUGAAACAGAGCAAAUGGCAGUCCCCAGAAAAACCAAUUGACAUUUGUUCUGUUUCAGCGGUAAACAGUGGGUUUUCCCGCUGAAAUGCGGCGUGACAAGUGGAAGUCUGGGCGAAUCCUAACGCAAUCUGGUGUUUGAAAGCUUCAGGCUUUUAACAUCCCUUAUUUCUGAGGGUCCUGGUGCAUCAAGGCACAAGCCAAGAGCCUCACCUGGGCAGUGAUUUUGCCAAACCACUCUGGGAACAUUUUUCAGCUAAGGAACAGGGUAAAUGUGGUUAUGAAUAUUUAUUUAUUUAUUUAAGAACCAUUUUCCAGAAAGAUGUUUCUUCCUCUGGGAGCCACUGUCCACCCUGAACAAGCUAAUUCCAGCAGAGCAAGAUAGAGGAACGGGGCCUGUCUAUUCAUCCAUCUAGCUUGCUAUUGCCCACUCUGGCUGGCAACAGCAGCUCUCCAUGGUUUCAGGCAGGGGACAUCCCUAGCACUACCUGGAGACACCAUUAGGGAUUGAACUCAGGACCUUCUGCAUGCCAGGGAGAUGCUGAGCUGCAGCCCCUCCUCUUCCAGAGAAAGGCCUCUUAACUGAGCUGAAGAACUUGGCUCUGAAAAGUGCUUCCCAGGAAUUGGGAGUGUAGGGCUGGGCGAUAUCUGGUUAUCAACAUCGGAAUAUAUGACCAGCUAAGCACCGCGAACAGAUCAUGAAGCCGAUAUCGUGAUUUGGACUUCAAACCUGUUUCGGACAAUACAACGCCCAGCCCUAUGGGAGGGAGGGAGGGAGAGAGGUGGAAAGGGAAAUCUCCAUCAGACACAAGAUUGACACAUGAAGUCCACAUAUCUAUCAUCAGUAGCUCUUUUAGGGCCAGCAGAGUGCAGAAAAAAACACCCCACGGUGGUUAACAACACUACUUCCCACAGGCAAGAGGUUGUCUUUUCAGACACGUAACACACCCACACGCGCUGGAGCAAUGUGGGGCUCUGUGUGGGGCUUCCCUUGCAUUUGAUCCAGAAGCUGCAGUUGGUGCAGAAUGCUGCAGCACAAUUGCUGACCAGAGUGAGACCCUGCCAGCAUGUGACACCUGAGCUCAGAGACCUGCACUGGUUGCCAAUGUUCUACCAGGUGCUGCUAUUUGUAUAUAAAGCCCUUAAGAACUUGGGACCAGUUUCUCUCAGAUUGCCAUGCCCCAUAUGCACCCACUCGGCUGCUUCAACAGGUGGAACCGGCACUGUUGCAGGUGCUACAUAAUACUCAUCCCGCGUUUUUAAGGAAUUUAUCCUUUAGUGUAGCAGCACCCAGACGUUGGAACUCACUGCCUAUUGACAUCAGGCAGGCGCCUUCUCUGUAUCCUGUUUGGCACCUGAUAGAAACAUUUUAGCAGCGUGGCUGGGGAAACCCACCGGAUGGGCAGGGUAUAAAUAAUAAGUUAUUGUUGUUUUGUUUUUGUGUAGUCUAGCCUGCCCAGAUACAUAGAAUGCUGACAUGUGGUUUUAGCUUUCCUUUGAUUUUAACUAUUUUCUUAAUGUUUUGUACAGCUUGUUUUUUAUUGACGAUUGCAUUAUUUUAUUUUUUAAUUAUUUUGUGUCGUCAUCCCCCUUGCAAUAGAGAGGUAUAGAAAUCUUAUGAAAUGAAUAAACUACAUGGUGACUGUAAAACAGGGCCUUUUUUCUUUUUGGCAUAGCUUUUUCUUCUUGGCCAGACUUUGUAAGGAAGCAGCUGGGCCUCCCCACAAGCCGCCUCCUAUCUGGCUGCCCAAUGGAGGGCUAGAUAACAUAUCCAGAUUUGAAGACCUCCAGACCCUCUAACGCUCCUUCUUUGCUCCCUGCCCCUCCGCAGCAGGUAAAUCGUGCUCUCCGGGAAAGCUGGGAGACCUUCCUGACCAACGUGUACAGCUUAACGUUGAGCCACCCGACCAGCAGACCCACUGCGGAUGAAGCCCAGGCGGUGGGGACACCGUGAAGGAAAAGACUCCCCUGGACUAAGCAUGGACUCAGGGAAGGAUGCUGAACUGACUCAGGCGACACCAGGGCUUCUCUCUCUUGGACCCUUUUGGCUGUAAUCUCCGUGGGUUGCUGGCAAUGUGGCAGGUGCCCUGGAAGGACUUCUUCGCCAGACCUGGGCAUUACUCCUGGGCUUCUCUACUGGACUCCUUAUUCUGCAUUCAUCUAGCUGUGAUUCCUGCAGGGAGGUUGGACUAGAUUAACUUUGAGGGCUUUAGCUGCUAGUGGAAAGAUGUUAUCCAGACAGGAUGUCUCUGCUACUGGACAGCAGGUCUACCCAUUAAGAAACAACAGAAGGGUGGACAUGGUAUCCGAUUUUUUCAGAGGCCAGAUCUACCCAACUCAGUAGACACGGUGCCCAGGCCUCACUGCCACCCACUCUCCAGAUAAAUCAGAAAUACAGUGGUACCUCGGGUUACAGAUGCUUCAGGUUACAGACUCCGCUAACCCAGAAAUAGUACCUCGGGUUAAGAACUUUGCUUCAGGAUGAGAACAGAAAUUGUGCUCCAGCGGCGCAGUGGCAGGAGGAGGCCCCAUUAGCUAAAGUGGUGCUUCAGGUUAAGAACAGUUUCAGGUUAAGAACGGACCUCCAGAACAAAUUAAGUUCUUAACCCAAGGUACCACUGUAGUGAAAACCUGUUCUCUGAUACAUAUACAUACCUUUCCACUCCCUGAAAAAUUCUUAGGGACCUCCCUUCUCCCCACCCUCCAGAGAAUCCCACAAUUGUCCUCCUCUCUAGUUUUCUGGCCACUUUCCCCCCUGACACUCCUUGGGACAGGAACAUGCCUGGCAGCUGCCCAUCAGACAUCUCAAACCAGUUGCCUCCUCUCCUGGCUUGGAUUCUCCACCUGCCAUGUCUUGCAUCGCGUUAGCUAAUUCAGGUAGAUAGCAAAUACCUUUGCCUCCUGGGGGGUGAAGGGUUUACGGAAGGAGACACACAACGGGAUAUGAACACACCUUGUGGUGACCCAAAGUGUUGCUGAAAGCCAAUAAACCCAGACCCCAUCUCUGCUUGA